UCUACACCUCGCGCCCGCUCUCAUCCCAUAAUUAUCUCACACCCCAGAAAUGAAUAUAUAUCUUCAAAUCAUGUCUUCUCUUCCCUCCAUUUCUCUCCUCCCCAAUCAAUGAAAUGCCCAUCUGCAUCGAAUGUCGCUAUCCGACUACCCAGCUCUACACCGAAUAUUCCGGCGGAUCAACCGGCCAUGGAGUACGAUUAACCGUAUGUAAGAACUGCGGACGUUUUUGCGACAAAUAUGUCGAGCAUGAUUUUGUGGUAUUAUUUAUUGAUUUAGUUUUGAUUAAACCACAGGUUUGUUUUCCCGGUUCAAACUUAUUCUAUAAUAUGCGGGGGGGAGUGUUGUUUGGCUGAUUCGUUCUGGGUGCGCGAAAGGUUUAUAGACAUUUAUUGCAUAAUACCUUGAUGAGAGAACAUGAUCAAUUUGAUGUAUGAUAUUACUCCCUCUUCCUAUUUCCUAUUACUAUCUUAAUGAUAUGAUAUAUUGACAUUCCCAAGCCGUCGAUAAUCCGUCUUGGUAUUCUACUCCUCCUCUUCGAUGUUUAUCUCACAUGGGCACGGAUCGAAAAACAAACCACUGCUCCGGUCUCCGCUCCCAUUGAAACGGAUAAUACGAAUUUCCUUCGUCUAGCUAAGCAACCUAUCGUCUUCCAAUAUAUGUUCUUCCUCCUCCUCUGCGCCCUCUCGACACUAAGUUUCCACCUCUCCAUACGUUUCCUUACCUCCUCGCCCUUUUCACCCCUAGUAUUCCUCGGACUUCUCCCAAAAUACACACGUCCGAAUUCCGUUUCAACGGCUCUACUCGUCUCUUCUUCUACGAAAUUAUUUCCUAUUCUUAUGGUCAUUUGGGAAUAUGAUGUACCAGCUGCGGCGAGGAGUUUGGGUUGGGCUGUUGUUGCGAAUAAUGUUGAGGCACUAAAGAUACUACUGGAUUGUGGGUAUGGGACUGCGGCGAUACUUGCGACGGUGGGUGCUAUUAGUAGAUGGAUGGUUGGAAGGGGAAUACUUUGGGCGGUAGGUUUGGAUGGGGUUGACACAGUUGGGGAUUCAGGGGUAGCCGCGGAUGGGAAAGCGCUGUGGGCGCUUGUGGAACUAGGUAGGGAAUGGGGUGGUAGAUUGGGAUUAGGGUAAUUGGAAAGUGUUAAGAUACCAAGAUGAAAUGAACAUGAAUGCCAUAUAUCUCAUAUUAUCAUGGGUGGUUGAAGUUGGAGGGAUUGACGUAGAACCUCUCGGGAAGAACUACAUCACUACCAGCACGUCCAUUUUCCUUCCGAGUAUUUCUUUUUGCUCG